AUGGUCAGCUCCUGUUGUGGCUCUGUCUGCUCUGACCAGAGCUGUGGCCGAAGUCUCUGCCAGGAGACCUGCUGCCGCCCCGUCUGCUGCCAGACCACCUGCUGCAGGACCACCUGCUGCCGCCCCAGCUGUGGUGUGUCCAGCUGCUGCCGCCCCGUCUGCUGCCAGCCCACCUGCCCUCGCCCCACCUGCUGCAUCUCUAGCUGCUACCGCCCCUCCAGCUGUGGGUCCAGCUGUGGUUCCAGCUGCUGCAGGCCUACCUGCUGCAUCUCUAGCUGCUGCAGGCCCCAGUGCUGCCAGCCUGUGUGCUGCCAGCCCACCUGCCCUCGCCCCACCUGCUGCAUCUCUAGCUGCUACCGCCCCUCCUGCUGUGGGUCCAGCUGUGGGUCCAGCUGCUGCAGGCCUACCUGCUGCAUCUCCAGCUGCUGCAGGCCCCAGUGCUGCCAGCCUGUGUGCUGCCAGCCCACCUGCCCCCGCAUCUCCAGCUGCUGCCGCCCCUCUUGCUGUGGCUCCAGCUGCUGCCGCCCGAGCUGCUGCCUGCGCCCAGUGUGCGGCCGGGUCUCCUGCCGCACCACUUGCUAUCGCCCCACCUGUGUCAUCUCCACCUGCCCCCGCCCCGUGUGCUGUCCCUCCUCUUGCUGCUGA